UUAGUCCUAGAGAUGGACACGGACUCUGCAGCCCCUCCUCAGCGCGUGCUGAAGUCAUUCGACAGGAAUGCCGCGGCAUCCGAAGGCAACUCCGAAUAUUUACAGUCUGUUAGUAGCGAAUCGAGCUCAUUCAUCAUGGUUCAGCCCAAAAAUCGUCUCGAAGUGCCAUCCAGGUUGUGGGUGACAGCGGUUGUGGUCAUCGUGAUUGUCCUUCAAGUUGCCUCGACCACAGGGCUCUUCAUAUACUUGAACAUGUCAGUGGCACAGGCUCGGACACAAGGUGUAGUGGAGGAGCUGAGGUGUCUUGGUCUUCUGAACGCUCUGGAGAAAGAACAGGAUGUACCUGAUGACCUGGUCCAGCUCUUUGGUGAGCCGUGCAUCAAACUGGCCGAAGGACUCAAAGCCUACAUCUCCAAGGUCACAGAAACCAUAAUCUCGAAACACACCUUUGAAGAAAGAGUCGCUAUCCCUCCACGUACAAAAUUACUCACCACUGGCAGCCGACGGCCAUCGGCUCAUCUUACCCUCAGAGACAGUGGACUGCAGGGUACGACAUCCUUAACCCCCCAGACUGACCUUCACCAGUCCUGCCGCCAUCCCGUUCGUUCCUGGGGGAACCAGAGUUUUGGCUCCCACCUGCACAACAUGACCGUGUCCAACGGACGCCUGCGUAUCCCUCGCGCAGGCCGCUACUACCUGUACGGCCAAGUCUACUUCCGUUAUCUCACCCUCUCUAUCGACGAUUACCACUCGGGCUCCGACAGCCAUCAGGUGGUGCAGUGCGUCUACAAGAAGACCGCCUACGCCCGCCCAAUUCAGCUCCUGAAGGGUGUGGGCACCAAAUGCUGGUCUCCAGACAGCGAGAACGCCCUUCACUCCAUCUACCAGGGAGGCCUGUUUGAACUUCGUGCAGGUGAUGAGAUCUUCAUCUCCGUGUCUUCUCCCACAGCUGUGUAUGCAGAAGACUCCUCCAGCUACUUUGGGGCCUUCCUGUUUGACCUCUGAGGGACCCAGUUGGGGCUUGUGGUCUCAUUCUAAGGGAAAGGAAAUAGUUCCUGUCGGAAGGCCCCACUUGGGAACCUUGAAAAGAGGGAACCACAGAUACUCCACCAUCUGAUGGGUUCAAAACACCAAACAACUCAUCUAGUUAUUGUGGUCUGAGGGCCAUUUGACCUUCAUAGGCUAAAUUUUACGAUUCAGUAGAGUGAUAAACUCUGGACUCCCAUCUGAAUGGGCAGAUCAUGAGCAUAUCUGUGAAGGCUUUGUAAAGACGUUUCUUAGAAAGAUGGAAAACCUGAAAAUGAGGACAAUGACCUUCACUAUUUAACCACAUAAAAAGCCAAAAUAAUUAUUUAAAAGUAAGAUUUUAACCUUCCAACAAAUGCACAAAACUAGCUGCACGCAAACCAUGCCAGAUUAAUAGUUUCCAUCUAUUUUUAAUGUUAUACUGUUUAUACUGUUCACUCUUUCCUAAAAAAGACUGUCUGGGACAGUGUGGCCAAUCAUGGCCCAGAAGUCUCCAGUUAAUUAAAAGAAGUUCUUUUGCAUUAUGAGUCAAACCAGUGUCAUUCACUGAUGUCUGAAGUCUGGCAAAUAAUCUAGAGCCAAAAACAGGGUAAGAUGAAGAGUGAGACUC